CUCGAAGAAAGGUGCCAAAGAAGAGAUCUGCAAGCUUGCAAUGACCAAGAUCGAUUCUUUUGGCAACCGCAAGAAGCGGAACGCUUCAGUCUUCGACUCGGAUAAUUUGACUUCUUUGCCCGCCGAUCUGCACGAAGAGCGUUGGAUCAAUAUUGUCUACGAGUACAUACAGAAAGCCAAGCUUGGGCCGCCUGCAUUUGAAGAGAGAGGCGUGCACCCAAGCACUGGACCGUUCACUUGUACUCUUCGUCUCCCAAAUGGACCUCUCAUACCGUUCGGCUCUGACCUUGGCACAUUCAAGAAGAAAUCGGAUGCCAAGCUGGCGGCUGCUCAGCAAGCUACAAAGUGGCUUCGAUCCCAAGGUCUCGUCGCGCAGUCGACGGCCAAGCGUCGCAGAUCGUCAACAGAAGCACAACUCGCUUCCGAUAGCAUACCUGUAGCCCUCGGCGAGACGGGCUUGACACAGGCGCUCACACGUCAACUGGGUAUGGACCAUACAGCGGAGCAGGGAACGCUUCCAGAGCGCUGCACCAAGCUGAUUGUUGAGCUCGGCUUUAGCCAGCCAACUUUCGAGUUUGAGCCCUUGGAAGGAGCAUUCUACAACGUCCAUGCAACAUUCAAUUCGAGAGACGAGAAUGUUGAGCCACGCCUUUCUGGAAAGAUUGGCAGGGUUGAGGCUGUGUACGGCAAGAAGCAAGCAAAAGAGCAGUGCUGGCGGGAGAUCUCCAAAGUGCUCGAAGCCAUUCGGGUCGACAGGAUGGCGAUGAUGUCGCAUAUGGCAUUAUGAAUCAACGCAAUUUCGCACUAGACCUUUGUCUCGAGCUCAUUCGAGAAUCGGCUGGUAUUACACAGACCUGUUGUGGCGCCCGGCAGCGACUGACAGAAGCGUAUGUAGCGGUAACCAGGCCAUGACUUUUGAUGACACUGACUUUGAGCGUGGUGUCUCCUUUAUGAGGCUAGCUAGGAUGGCUUUGUGCAUAAAAUGCCAUUUCCGGCGUGCAGGUGCAAUGCCGUCUCC